AUGGAUGACAGUGGGAAUAGGGAGAACAGAAGACAUAAGAUGGAUUACUACAAAGUCCCUCCUUGGAACAUGAUAUCCCCAUUCCAGGCAAAAGAACUAAAUGCUUUGAAUAUCAAUCCCAGGAUCACCAUGCUCUGUAAUGAAAGGGAUGCUGCCAUCGAAGAGCGUGAUAGAGCCCUGGCUGAAAAGAAGACGGCCUUAAAUGAACGAGACGCUGCAAUUCGGCAGUUAGAUGCUGCAAUUGCUGAGCGAGACAAUGCUCUAAGAGAACGUGACAAUGCCAUUGCUGCCCUCCAAUUUCAGGAUAAAUCCAUGAAUGCUAUAUUGAAUGGUGGUGGGCGUGGAUUGAAGCGCAAUGUCCAAUCUGCUCAUAUUUUGAGGGAAGCGACUGAAGCCUUUACAAUAUCUACCGUUCCAUCUGAGGCUGCAAAUUCGUGCCAAGUGAAACCAACGAAAGCAAACAAGGAGGCUCUAUCAAAGUCAACAAAAUCACCACGGAAGGCGAAGAGAGUAAGCAAGGACUUGAAUAGACACUUCACCACUGAUGGAUCGAAGGCUGAGUGGGACGCACAGGAUUUUGGUAAUAUGAACCAGUUAAUACAUUUUGAUGAAUCUAGCAUGCCGGUUCCUGUUUGUUCAUGCACCGGGGUAGCUCGACAUUGUUACAAGUGGGGUAACGGUGGCUGGCAGUCAUCUUGUUGCACCAACUCUCUCUCAGAAUACCCACUGCCACAGAUGCCGAACAAGCGGCACGCACGGAUGGGUGGCAGGAAAAUGAGUGCAGGUGUUUUUAGCAGAUUGCUUACUAGACUGGCGGCGGAAGGGCAUGACUUGUCGGUUCCCCUAGAUUUGAAGGACUACUGGGCUAAACAUGGAACAAAUCGUUACAUUACCAUCAAAUAA